AUGGCUAUGCACUGGACAGAGAACCUGCCUAUAUGCUCAACUGAUGAAGCAUGGGGAUCUUCUCCGUUGAACAAGUGCCCCACGUCAUUCAAGUCAUUGACAGGGUGCAGAUUCCGUCCCUAUUCUGGCUGGGCGUGGUCAAUCCUAUGCUUCAUAUCCUGCAUGGUUUGGGUAGAACUUCCCCCCUGUGUUCUUGUUGGCUGCCCAAAUCUCACGGCCUGGUGCUCUGGGCCGAGGGGAUAUGCGUUAACACGUGACGUCCUUCUUUUGGAUGCGGUGCGGUUGUGCGUGGGCAUGCCAGCACGGUCUACCGUGUGUCGAGAUGGUGAUGAGAUUUGGGUAGAAGAUGGUUAA